AACGACGACGUUGUUGUUAUUAUUACUAUUGACGUUGUUGUUGUUGUUGUCAUAGUCGACGUCGAUAAUGAUGAUUAUAAUCAUGCAGACGAAACAGGAGACGCUGCAGGGCUACGAAGAGUUUCGCCUGCAACAGCUGUGGCGAUAAGGCUAUGUACGAAUCACCGCAAUCAGCCAAAAUAGAAGCGCAAUGCAGACAUGAGAGCGACCACUACAGAUACUUCAACAGCGAACAGCUAGGCGAUGAGGAGGAUAGCAACAGCAACAGUCAUAAUGAUAUCUCCAAAAUAGCAAAGAAAUGGAACAACAACCACAAUAAAAACAACAAAGUAAUGAUUUUGACAAAAGGCACAUCAUGGCAUCGCCUGGGUCAGCGGUAGGAGUCAAUAGUACCAGCGGCACAUCACAAUGGACAGGGGCUCGUCUGAGGAUCGUCUUCCUCGCUGAUCCGUAGCCGAACUCCGAUCUGCUACUUCCCCAUUAUAAGAAGCCUCAUUUGAUUUCAUCGCUCAUUCUUCCUCCACCCACAUUCUAGAUAGCCGCCACCACCUCCUUUGUCUUGUGCAUUGUUGUUGUUGGCUAUCCGUAAGAGGCAGCCAGCGGUUGCAGUACGGCAAUGCUGCAAUUGCUGGCUGGCUAUAUACAUACAUAUAUAUGUGCUGUCGAUUUUGAUGAGAAGUACGAGUUUGCCAGGUUGUAACUGUUACGUCACAGUGCACACGUUGAGCAUGAACGCGCUUUCAUAUUGAGCAGAAGCAGUGGUCGUCUUGGCGACUGAGGAAAAGACGCCGAAGGUAAAGAAGAGACAACUAAUCCUGUGCUAUGCGUGAAGAGAAUCGUGCUGGACCAUCCUAGCCCCUAGUUCUCAAUUUCCUUGAGACGCCGCAACUUUCACUACUACUCGUCGUCGUUGUCAGACUUCAGACGGCCUUUGCAUUGACACGUCAUAGGAUAUCUUUUUCGUGGAGAAAGAGCGAGAGACAAGGGUGACGUUGGCAGGCCAAAAUGAGCGAUUGCGUAAAGGAGCGAUUCCUCAUAAAGUCGAUCCUGCCAACUACUAACAUUGCCACGACUAAUGUUUCGGCUGCUAAUGGUAACUGAACGUGAAGCAGACUAGACUAGCAGGUGUAUUUGCCUAUACCCAGCGGCACUUCUGCCAGCUUCAAAGACUGGCAGGAAGAUUCCCUUAAGUAAACGAAAACAACGGGAACGAAGCAUGAACUGCAAGGAAACCAGGCUGACAGAAGCUAUAUUGCAAAGCACGCAGACGAUCGGGACGGAAGUUGGACAACGUUGAAAAUGCUUACCUCCGUCACGUCUUCUUCUGCUCUGGUAAAGACGGUUAGAACUCGGCUUUGGCGACGGCGACAUUCCCUUGACGUAAUGGAAGCGGAGAGCGUACGGGAUCGCUCGCAUAAGACUCCAAAGCCAUCGAAGGGGAUCCAAAAUUAGUCGAACCAAUUCGCCUAACCACGUUGUUUAUUCAUUUGCCAUAUAUAUAUAUAUAUAUAUAUAUAUUUGGAUAAAUAUGUACGCAGACCCACCCAACAUCUUCGCGGCAUAUGCGCUUUGCGGCAUCUCUUGAUGGCCCCAGACUGAAAAUCCACUGAUAGACAUCGCGUCUUCAUCGGGGUGUCUGUCGCUUGGGGUCCGAUCUACAACAUGCACUAGCACAACGUACGGUUCGCGCAGUACUUGCUGUUCAUUUCAUCAGCGAAAGCACUUUAAUGCUAUAGCGCGUUGUGUAGACGUUAGGUUCAGAUCUUGACGCAAGCAGCUUGAGCACUACUGAAGUGUUACAGAUUUAGUUGAAGAAUCAAGAUCUUGGGGGAUGGCUUUCGACGUAUCAAAUCCUGUAUAUCGUAUUACACAAGCAGUGUCAAAAGCAAGCCUCAUCGUAACGGAAUGGGAAAAAUCGAUUUUAACGGAUCAUUCUAUUGGAUCAUUAAAUAUUGUCUGCUGUGACGACGCAUGUGUGUGUCAGUUACUGUUUUUUUUUACGAUUUUCUAAACUGUAAAGUUCAGACAAACGUAUGAAAGUUUUGUAUAAAUACCCUGUACUUAAUCAGUGGGCAAUUAUGCUAUAAGCAUAGUUUACGGCUUUUGUAAGCUACUUUUUGAUAAUAACUGUAGAGUGUGGUUGGCACGUCUCUACCAACGCACCGCAGUAUUUGUUAUAAUAUGGGUACGUAACCGCUAUCUGUUUGCUGCGUAGACGAGUACUUCUUGUGACUUGUACGAUAUUGACAAACUCAAUAAGAGUGGUGACAUAUAAUUUACGCAGUAAUUAUGCCUAAAUGCCAGUCGCAAAAUUGUGAGUGAAACUACAUGAUUGUUUAACAGAUAUGGCGAUAUUAAGGGGUUUCGCUUAGUAAUAACUCCGUCUCGAUUGCCUUUGAUUGACAAUUAACGAUUCUGUUUAAAGAGAUAUAUAUUUGCGCAUUAAUUGAUAUAUGUCCGUGAAAGUAAGUCUCUUGCCGUUCCGGCGAACGAUUUUUGGAGAUUGGCGAUUUUGCUGAAACGGGGUAAUUAUCCAUGCAGGCUGAAACAUGAUGUAAGCGAGCUUGAUUUCUUAUAGAAAUGAUACGAGUGCAAGCUGGCAAUUAGUUGGAACGUAUAUUAUUAGUGCAACCUAUUUUGUUAUGACCGUCCGAUUGGCCAUAUCGACGAUGUUCAAUAUGCUCUUUAUACAUUUUGCUCUUAACUGGUCAUCUACAUAUGUGAUCGAUAAUCGACAAAUUGGACAACAUUCUCUUCGGUAGGUAAUGAUACGCUAAUGUUAACCUUCUUGUUACCCCCACAAAAUGAGACAAUUGAAGAAAGCCUUAUAAAACUACUUUGAUGCAUAUUUUCUCGUUGUUAGCGAUGUUUCUUGUAGUCCACUUUGUAAAGGCCAAGAUAUUUUUACCACACUACAGUUUAUACCGUUCAUCACAUCACAUAUAUAAUAUUCAGGUUCUGUCAUGCCAAAGAAAAGAAAUAGCUUAACAAAUUCUAGAAGAAAGUUAUUUUGGAAAUUAUGCUCAAUUAUUGUUCAGCGCUUCUGGUCAAGCGAACAUUGAAGGAUGAUCGAAAUGUAAAACCGCUCCCAACACGCUCGGAAACCACAAUAAAGUACUUAUAUUUUAGUGCAAGUUUCAUGUCGGAAUCCUGCAAUGGUCAAUGUAUAUGCUGUUUUAUAUCAAGAGAAUAGGCAAAGCUUUCCAAUGAAAAUCAGCCUAACCACCCACCAUCGGGAUAUCUAUUUUCUUUUAGCAAAAGAUGGAAUUCGAAAGAUGAUCUUCAUAGCUAUGCUUGGUUAUCGUUGUCACUCAACCCAGUAAUUUCACCUCCCUUCGAAUAGGUCCAGACAGCAAAAUUAUAAGUUAGCUUUGAUCUUCAUACAUACAAUCCCGUAUGAAGAAGCUGCGUACAUUUCGCUGCGUUUUGUAUUCGCACAGUCAAAGGCACAUACCUCGGUUUAUAUACGUGAAAAUUAUUGCUCCUGUCUUACAAGCGCUGCUAUUAUCUUUAUCGUUAUGGUCUUCAACCAGUGACACGCCUGCCAUUCAGUCGAAUUCCCGUCGCCGAAUCAAUUGAACCUCAUCGUCGACCAACCAUCGCACGGCCGACCGACCGAGUAGAGGCGUAGCGGUGCUGCCAUCUAAUUUCUUCUGCGACUGCACCGCAUCGUCUUUGUCCUCCGUGACUAUUUGAUCAGCUCCUCCAUUCCUUCGUUAUUUACAGAUGAUGCCGUGAAAUCGGGGUGACGGCCGAUAGUCGGGACGCUCCUACGAGCCCCGCAAGGGCCCUCCUGUAACUUUUGUCAAGCGAGCCUCUUUGCACUUUUUCUCCGGCUUCUUCGCGAGAAGAAUUUCGGACGAAUUCAGACGUGAUUGAAGCGCGUCGACGGAUUACCUACAACUUGACGCUGAGCAAUUCGUAAGCGGGCGCUACGGUAGAUUGAUCGAUGGGGAACUCCAAUUCACAACAGCUGCAUUUGCAGUUGGAGAAUCAUGAAAAAAUAUUCGGAGGACUUCAGCGCGAGCGAUCCUGGAUUGGUGGCUUGGGAGGUCACCAUUCGCUGGGUCCCCAUCAUCAGCUUCAAAGGCAUGGUCAUCUGAUUGUACCUUUAACCGAUGCAGUCAUUCAGAGAAAGAUGUUACGCAAUACGGAAAAUGGGCAAAUACUGCAGAAUGAGGGAACAAUCAGCCAACGAAGAAGAUCAAUGCGUCAGUCUGAGGAGGGAUCCUUUACCCUGAAUCCGAAUAGACGAACGUUGUCCGACUCGGACCUCUCGCGCAAAGCUUUUAAUCAUACGCCUCAUGCCGAUAAUGGACAGCACCAGAGCCAAGCGCAGAAAAGCGUCAUUGCCAUAUCGCCCUCGAAGGCCAAAAUCAAGUUGCGGAAGAAUAAAGGCAAAGCCCCUGAUCCACCAAGCAUUGCAGUUUCAGAACAUCCUCGAGACUCACGAGAUUCACGAGAUUCCAUACAGAGACGAUUCGUCCGCUCGAAUUCGUCUCUUUGUCCUCGAACGUGGGAACAUGAAUUUAACGGUUUCAACAGCAACGAUAACCGGAGUUGUCGAGCAGAUUCACGCGCUGAUUCUCGAGAAUCACGAAGUCGAUGCCCUAUUCAGAAUGGUGACAGUGGUAACGCGUGUAUGAAUGGUAGCUAUAAAAGCGGUCACAAAGCGCCAUCCAAUCGGCUUACUAGAUCAGAAGCUGGCCUUCUUCGUAGACCUGCUCACGAAAAGCCAGUGACAGGUUCGACAAAAUCAACAACAUCCUUAAUAUCUCAGCUAUCGGCAGGUGCGAAAACAUCGAUUACUGGCAGUAAGACGCCAACAAAAGCCAAACCAACCGAAACUACCAACAGCAAGGUGAACAAACGCGAUAUUUCUGAUACACCAAAACCUGCCGCGCCGAUCAAGCCGCAGUUUUACUUCUCGAACAUGGACACGCUAAAAAAAGAAACUUCGGAAACUGGUCGAAAAGAAAAAACGUCACUAAAGAUUGGUAGCGUUUCGAAAUCAACCACUGCAAAGUCUCAAGUAACGGGAAAGACCUCAGCGGCAAAAGAGGUGGCCAAGACGUCUGUUGAUGGUACACGUAUAACCCGGGCUAAACCUUCCGCAAAGGAUCUAAAUAAACCAUAUGGUGAACUACCGCAGCCCAAUGUUACCGCUGUGAACAACAGUUUUUCUAAUAAUCGGAUAACAGCCCAACGAAGGAUAACAGUGUCUGUGCCAACGAAGAAAUUACCAGACCUCCCGAUUGUGAAACCUCCACCAAAAGAAGACGCCCGCCGUGAGGAACUAGUCCGCAAGGUACAGCCCAAUCAGAUCCGUAAACUUGUCGUUCAGAGCGCUCGCAGCAGCAGCAGCAGCAGCGACAGCCCCACAAGUAACCGCAGUAGCGAAGUCCGACAACGGGUCCCCGCCAAUGAUAACGUCGUAUUUAAAGUUAACCCGAACUUUGGUCAGGUACUUGUUUCCGGGAAUAUAAAUCAUACCAAUAAUAAUAUGAGUAGCAUAAACAAUAACGAAAUAAGCGGUAAUCAGGAUGUGAAUAAUUUCUGCGUGCCUCAUGCUGCGACCCAGAUUCUUGACGACCUCGAUGCGACGUUGGACAAUUACUCACAGCUGAGUGCAGGGAGGAAAUCCGAUGAUAGUGAUUAUUGUGAGCCGGAUGAGCGCAAUGUGCUUUCGCCCCCAAAGCCCCCGCUGCCUACACCAGUAACCUUCCAUGCUGCUCAACAACAGCGACCGCAGCCGACCGUUGAGGUUUACGCGCCACGGAUCACGCCCCCAAAAUCGCUCGAGAUGCUUUUCCGGCCUCCAUCCCCUAAAGAGUCGAAGUCACUACCACCGGAUAAAUUGAACGGUCUCGACGUCACAACAAAUGUCGAGUUGACUUCAUUGCAUGCGGCUGACAAACCCCCGACACCGCCUCCCAUACCAGCUAAUUGGAUCAAGUCAAGUGUGUCAUGCAGAGCAAGUAUAUCGUCCUCGUCAGAAGAAGACUGUGGUGGCACACCUGACCAUGAAAAUGUGCAUAUUAGCGUCCACAUUCGACCUUGCUUACCGCGUCGUCCCAUAGCGACAUUGAUGUCUGGCCUAACUCCUUUGCGUUUCUCGCCAACACACGCGUGGAAAAGUCUCGACCCGGCCGGCAGUGACGGUGACCGAAACUCGGAAGGACACAAGAGUCUAUCCGAUUGUGAACUCAAUUUCUCCUCAUCCUCAUCAUCCGACGAAGACCGCAAAGAGGAGACCCCCUUGAAAGCGCACCUCUCGGUCGACUCUGGCAUUACGAGUGGUUACAGCAAUCCACAUCCUCACUGGACGCCAAAAGAAGAUCUGAUCGAUACCGACACGGAAAGCACAGGCGGAACUGAGCCAUCUGAUAUAUCUAGGUGCAUGUUUUCCUUGCCAAAUCAAGCACGUUUUACACUGCCGAGCAUGUUCUUAUCGCAGAACUCGGCAGGUGGUAUUGACUCAAACUGGUCAUUCAAAAGUGGGCCGAACUCUUUGCAGCAGAAAAGUCAAUCUUUCGUCUAUUUACCGCCACCAAGAAACAACGACAGCACUGUAAAUGUCCAAAAUAGGAAUAGUUCGAAUGGAAGCAACAAUGAAAGCAACAGACGCUUAUCAAGCGCGGGUCGAACAAGCAAUCAUCCCUCAUUAUCGUUGGGUAUGUGGACCUACUAAACAGUCAGUUACCGAGGCUUAAUCAUAUAUCAUAUUCGGCCAACGCCGCAGAGCGAGAAAAAACUGAGCGUGCCCAGCAAGUAUGCCUUUAACCCCCAGCAGCAGACCCAACACAGUACUCUUCACUGUAAGCCGCAAGGGAAAACACACAGGACUAAGAACGAAAAAUGUAGGUAUUUUUCAAUUUUACGGCCAUGAGAAGAUCAAAUACAGAUAGUAGCCGUUUUCCCCAUUGCCAACUCAUUCUUCGCUCUGAGUGUUCACGUUGCUUCAUGCUGUUCGUGCCCGCUCGUUGCAGGUGGAUCAGCAGCUAUCGGCGCAGGCAUGUUGUCGCUUAACAUCGAGAUUACGCCUCCACCGAUUAGCAGUGACGAACACAGGCAACUCGCUGCAGACGACCCGUUGCUUUCGGCUGAACGCUUUCGAGAAAAGGAACAGAAAUGGAAGCAAAAAGUCGAGGAGGAGUUUCGCAAACGGCGGGAACGCGAUCGACAGCAGUUGUAGGAGCAGAUGGAACAAAUGCACAAAAUGGAGCAACUAGAGCUCGUCAGCUCAUUUUCGUAUGCGGCUUUUGGUUUGGGAGCAACGCCUGUUUGACCAGACUUUGAAGGAGGCUGUGACAAGUUGCAAGUCCGCUAAAAAGCGGUAUAUAUAUAUACAUAUAUAUAUAUAUAUAUAUAUAUAUAUAUAUAUAUAUAGAAACACAUUUAUAACAUGCGAACAAGACAGAAGGGAAAGUCUGCUGAUGUACGGUGGGACGCAAAGGAAGAGUCCAAAAAGAAGGUCGAAUGGAGGCCUGCGUCUUGUUUAAUAAUGCCAUGCAAUUGCUCGUUGUAAAGUAAUAUAUGAUUAAGUAAUAUAUUAAAAAACACCUAAUGGUUUAAAUAAAUGUGUUUAAUAACAUGCAGUAAACUGCGUAUUUGUUUAAAUACGCUUAGUAAACUUGGUAAUUUAAUUCGUAUCCGUCAUGAAACGGAGUUUGUGUGUUAACAGCGACAGCCGAUUCCGUGUUUCUAGAAUAUAUUCGCCAUAAUAAAUGUUUGAAAAUAUGAGAAACAGACUGGUGGGAAACUUAUUUGUUCAGCACCAUGAAACACUUGUUGAAACUAAAACUCAUAUUAAUAACAUGUUCUUACAUCUGUUGAAGGAUUUUGACGCGCGUGCAAUUCGAAAUAAACUUUCUGACAAAUGUAGCCUUGACAUUUAGUCUUUACAAAACACGAUUUUGUAGCU